CAUACCGUCUUCUCUCUCUAUAUAAAUAUAUAUAUAUAUCUCUGUAUGUUGAAGCUCCAUCAAUGGAGGUUCGGAUCUCAUCACUCACGCGCAGCCACGCAUUCCUUCUCAAAACAGUUUCUUCCGUUGUAACAGAAAUGCCGCUGAUAACCGUCUGUAACUGAUCUAACUGCAUGCGGUACACUCUUAUGAGCUUAACAGCUUCGUUUUAGUACAAAUCUUCAGAAUGCAACUCAAAUCGCUGGAUUUGCGGUAAUUUCUCAAUCAAUUUGGGGAUUUUAAAAUCUCGUGUUUUCGGAUCAAUGAAGAACUUCCACUGGUUUAAGCAGUUACCUCAGAAUGGAAUGAUGAAUAAUCGCCGUUUAUCUUUAGGAGAAUACAAACGAGCGAUUUCCUGGUCAAAGUAUUUAGUAUCAUCAGGAGCUGAAAUCAAAGGCGAAGGAGAAGAACAAUGGAGCGCGGACAUGUCUCAGCUUCUAAUCGGUAACAAAUUCGCCUCCGGCCGACAUAGCAGGAUCUACAGAGGUAUAUAUAAACAGAUCGAUGUCGCUAUUAAGCUCAUAAGCCAACCCGAAGAAGACAGCGAAUUAGCCGAUUUCCUCGAGAAACAGUUCAAAUCGGAGGUUGCUUUGUUGUUUCCAUUGCGACAUCCGAAUAUCAUCACUUUUGUAGCGGCAUGUAAGAAAACACCAGUAUAUUGUAUAAUCACAGAGUAUUUAUCAGGUGGUUCAUUGAGGAAAUAUCUUCAUCAACAAGAACCUUAUUCAUUACCUCCUAGCCUUGUUUUAAGAUUAGCCCUAGAUAUUGCUCGUGGUUUACAAUAUCUUCAUGCUCAAGGGAUACUUCAUAGAGAUCUUAAAUCCGAGAAUUUACUUCUAGGAGAAGAUAUGGUUGUUAAGGUUGCAGAUUUCGGUAUUUCUUGUUUGGAAUCUCAAUGUGGUAGUGCGAAAGGAUUCACAGGUACUUAUAGAUGGAUGGCUCCUGAAAUGAUCAAAGAAAAACACCAUACUAAGAAGGUUGAUGUUUAUAGUUUCGGUAUUGUUCUUUGGGAACUCUUAACUGCGUUAACCCCUUUCGAAGACAUGACUCCCGAACAAGCUGCAUUCGCUGUUUGUCAAAAGAAUGCUAGACCACCAAUGCCAGCAUCGUGCCCAAAGGCAUUCAGACAUUUGGUGAACAGAUGUUGGUCAAGCAAUCCAAAUAAACGGCCACAUUUCGAUGAGAUAGUUGAUACACUUGAAAGUUACUCAGCAUCGCUCGAAGAUGAUCCUGAAUUCUUUUCAAAGUAUAACCCAACACAUGACCAUUCGCUACUUCGAUGCCUUAUUCCAAGGUGCGUUUUUUAAAUCGAUUCCUAAGGGCAUAAGAAUCCUUGAUAUUGUUGUUAUUGAAAAUGUAAUGUCAAGAAAAUUGUACCAUAUAUAUUUGGUUAAUUAUUAUUAUUAUAUGUUUGUUUAGGAGAUAAAUAGUGGUUUUUAACUAUUAGGUGUAGAAAAUUACCUUUGUUUUUCCUUCCUCUCUUCUAAGAGGGUUAUUUCAAGAAGAAGAAGAAUUAGAACAGCUGUGUUUUAUUAUUAGUAAAAAUCCAUUCAGCUGUUGUAAUAAUAUAUAUAUAUAUAUAUAUAUAUAUUUACUGUGUUAUAUUUUCUAUCUUAUAUGGUUGCCUUGGUAAUAAAACUCCAUUUAUUACUA